AUGUCUGUUUUAAAAUGCAGGCAGUAAAAGUAAAAAAAAAUGUUGUCAACAAAUACUGAAGUACAGCACAGAAAUAUGAAAAUUCAACUUAAAUACAGUCAAGCAUUUAUACUUGGUUACUUCCCACCACUGCACAGAUGUUAGCAACGAGCCGCUGUCCCGGGGCAGAUUCUUUCCUCUGAGAAACACUUGGAAAGAAAUGAAAAGGGAAGAAAGAAAAAGAAAGAAAGACGUUGGCAGCACCGUUGCCAGGCAACUCAACCUUUUCCUGCUCUUCCUGCUUGAGAUAAUAGAACACAAAUGAGGCCAAACUUCAGCAAGAUGUGGAAAAGAAAAAAAAAAAUCUACCACAUGGAAUGCACACAAGGUUGCGGGUAAGAAAUGUAUUUUUUCCAUGUAGACACUUUUCAUUUGUUAUACAAUUUUACCAACAAAUGAAAGCACAUUUUGUGCUGUUUUUUUUCUGGACUGCUGCCAACACAGAUGGGCCCGCCACAGAACAGGAAAUGGAACUUAAAACGUGCGCCAAAAACGACUGAGUCACGUCACAACUGGCUGCCCAGUAAAAUUUCGCUAAAGCGGUGAUAUUUAAAGAGUAUUACUAAUCGUACUAUUAACACUCAUGAUUCAGCUGGAGAAACCGGUGCUGACUGGGACCAUGCCGGUGGUCUGGCCCACCAUCCUUGACCUGGGCAGAGAUGAGUGCAAAAGGAUACUCCGCAAACUGGAGCUGGAGGCGUACGCCAGCGUCAUCAGCGCCUUACGGGCCCAAGGAGACCUGACCAAGGACAAGAAGGAUCUCCUGGGAGAGCUCACCAAAAUCCUCGGCAUCUCAACUGAGCGCCACCGCGCCGAAGUCCGUCGCGCGGUCAAUGACGAACGCCUCUGCACCAUCGCCUACCACAUGGCCGGUCAGAACAGCUCGUCCGAGUGGUCCAUCGAAGGCCGCCGUCUGGUCCCGCUGAUGCCGAGGCUGGUCCCGCAAACGGCGUUCACCGCUACGGCCAACGCGGUCGCCAGCGCCGCUGCCACUCACAAUGCCACCUUGCUGUUGCCGGCUGAGACGGGGAACAAGGAAGUGGUGGUGUGUUAUUCCUACACAAGCACGACGGGGACGUCCACCAGCUCCACGGCGACAAGCUGCGCCGUGGGAACGGCCACCAAGUCCCCGCGGCCGCCAAGCCCGUCGUCCAGCGUGGUGGUGUUGCCCAGCGGGAGCACUGUCUACGUGAAAAGCGUGAGCUGCUCCGACGAGGACGAGAAGCCACGCAAGCGACGGCGUACCAACUCGUCCAGCUCGUCGCCGGUGUUGCUGAAGGAGGUGGCCAAAUUGUCGCCACCUGUGGCCAAGCACAUGGCGGCGGCGGCGGCGCCAAUGGUGAGCGGCAGCCCCAAGAUGAGCAACAUCAUGCAGAGCAUCGCCAACUCGCUGCCGCCGCACCUGUCGCCUGUCAAGAUUACCUUCACCAAACCCACCAUCCAGACCACCAGCACCGCCACCCAAAAGGUGAUUAUCGUGACGACGUCGCCCAGCUCCAACUUUGUGCCCAACAUCUUGUCCAAGUCCCACAACAACGCCGGAGUGUCCAAGCAAGCCUCCAGCACCAUUCUGACCACGCCCACCCAGAAGCAGACAGUCGUCUUUCCAGCAGCCAAUUCCAGCCCCUCGGCCACGCCCGCCGUCACCAACGUGGUCUCCUCGACGCCCUCGGCUGUCAUGUCCACUGUGUCCACGUGCGCCUCCUCGGCAGGCGUCAAGGUUGCCUCUGCCAGGUUGCCCUCUCCGAAGACCCUGGUGGGCUCCCCCACGCAAAUCCUGAGCCAGUUUCCUAAGCAGCAGUCGCCCAAACAGCUGCAAGCGUCGACCGUCGGGGUGUCCGGGGUCGGCCAGGCCCAGACCGUCGCUGUCACUGCCGCUGCCAGCUCGCCGGGCCCCAAGCCCACCAUUCAGAUCAAGCAAGAGUCUGGGGUGAAGAUCAUCACGCAGCAGGUCCAGCCCAGCAAAAUCCUGCCCAAGCCGUCGUCGGUGGCUCUGUCCAGCAGCAGCUCCUCCCCCAUCAUGGUGGUCAGCAGCAACGGGGGCAUCAUGACCACCAAGCUGGUCACUCAGCCCACAGCCACCCAGACGACCUACACACGGCCCACCGUCACUCCGAACCUCGGCGCCCGGAUCUCGGCCUCGGCCGGGGGCGCCACCUAUGUAAAGACCACGAGUGGCAGCAUCAUCACGGUGGUGCCCAAGUCCUUGGCCACGCUGGGGGGGAAGAUCAUCAGCAGCAACAUUGUGUCCGGCACCACCACAAAGAUCACCACCAUUCCCAUGUCGUCCAAACCCAAUGUGAUCGUGGUCCAGAAAACCAGCGGCAAAGGGGCCACCAUCCAAGGGCUGCCGGGCAAGAACGUAGUCACCACGCUGUUGAACGCGGGGGGUGAGAAGAGCCUGCAGGCCGUCCCGGGGGCCAAGCCGGCCAUCAUCACCACCACCAGGCCCAUCACCAAGAUGAUCGUCACGCAGCCCAAAGGCCUGAGCGCCGCCUCCCCGUCCGCUGCCACCAAAAUCAUCCCGACCAAGAUUGUUUACGGCCAGCAGGGCAAGACGCAGGUGCUCAUCAAGCCCAAACCGGUGUUCCAAACGGCCGUGGUGAGCGAACAGACCCGGCAGCUGGUCACCGAGACCCUGCAGCAGGUGACCCGCUCGGCCGAGGCGGGCCACGUCGCCGCUCAAGAAGGCUCCGCCAAGGACGAAUACGGGGGCGUCCUGGAAACCAGCGCGUCGGCCGGCGAAACAUUGCACGACCCCCAGCCCGUGAUGCACGUGCUGUCCUCCAGGGAGAACGAGUGGACGGAGCAGGAGGUGUCGGUGGAGUCGGCCCCAACUAUCAUCUACCAGGAGGUGACGGCCGGGGAAUCCCAGUCGGCCGCAUCCACCAUUAAAGCUCUGCUGGAACUGCAGCAGACUUCAGUGAAGGAGAAGGGUGAGUCCAAACCCGUGCAGCACACCCACAUUGACCUGAGCCAGAUGGCGGUGCCCAUCCAGCUGGCGCAGGAGAAGAAGAUCGUCCCGGAAUCAUCCAGGCCGCCCGCCUCUGAGGGCGAAGCGGUCACCGCCCCCGACGCCCCGGCGACGGGUCAAAUGAGCAGAGCAGGCGCGUUGGCAGAGGACAACGCGGCUGCGCCCGUGUCCUCCGCUGACCCCCAGAAAGGUGUCGGCCAGGUCACCGUGGUAACAAAGCAGGUCGCCGCCCCACCUGUAACCGCGGUGGCGCACAUCAGCCUCAAGCCUUCUGAUGCUAAAACCGAGUCGGCGCUGGAGGUGAGCGAGGUGGAAGGCGACACCCUGGACCCGCAGACGGGCUUGUUCUACCGCUCCACCAGCCAGACGGACGCCCCCAAGCAAGCCCCCUACUCUUCUCCUCAGCCCCCCGCUGCCACCCAAUCAGAGACUUCUGCUCCUCCUCCUCCUCCUCCUCCUCCACAACUGCAGAGUAAACCUCAGAUCAGCCAGCCUCCUUCAUCAUCCUCCUCUUCCUCCUCGCCGGCCAAGAAGCUCCCUAAACUACGAGAGCAGAGUCAGGCCAAGCUUCCGGGCGCCACCGCCGCCGCCACAUCGCCCGUCACGCCGCAGCUGCCGAAACUGCAGCAGGCGCCCACGUCCCACCACAGGCCGCUGCAUGCGCCCAUGUCGCACCCGCCGCCGCUGCAGGCGCACCACCCAGUCGGCACGGACAAGGGCGCGCCAGGACAGCAGCCAAUCAUCACGCAGAGCGCCACCGUCACCAAGAUCACCUUCGGCGGCCCCCACCACCAGCCCGCCCACGUCUCGCCCGUCCUGAGCGGCUGUGAGGCCGAGCUGGCGGACGAGUCGGGCUCGGGGCCCCCGGGCGAUGAGGCGUCCGUUUCAGACAUCCUAAAGAUUUCAAUGAUGGAAGCCCAAAUUGACCCCAGCACCGAGCCCAUGGUGGUGGACUCGUCGUCCGACCGGCCCCCCCUGGCCCAGUCCCUGGAGGCGCAGGCCGCCGCGGACGCCGAUGGCUUCGUCGGCGGCGCCGCGGUCAAGACGCAACAACAUUUUGGCAAUGAACGCCUGGAGGUCAUCGAGGUGAUCCCUCAGUACUCGAUCGUGCCGGACUCCAGCCAGUCCAACGUGGUGGUGGAGCCCAGCGGCUUCCUGGAGAUCACCAACUACACUAGCCAGCAGCUGGACGACGACGAGGGCGACGGCGCCGCCGACCACGAGGUGGACAGCGGCAACGACGCCGGCCCCCCGACACCGUAGAUCGGCCCAAAUGGUAUGCCCGACACCCGCUUCAUGACGGUGCACACCGGACUUUCUGGCCGAUCGCUUUUUAAACCUACUCUCACAGACUUUUUAUAGGAGGGACAAAAAAUAGUAUUUCAAAAGAAGGAAUAGAUAGAUGUAUAUGUUUUGGGAUUUCUUAUUUUGUAAAAUACAAUACCACAAAUUCAUCUGUUUCAAUUUUUCCUUUUAUACCUUUUUCAAAGUUGUCCACAGGAUUGGUGUAAUCUCCAGAAUAAAUGAUCUGACUAGAAAGGGUUCUGUGUGUCACUUGAGGGGGAGCAAAUCCGUUUUUCAACUUUCGAUGACUGAAGCGUCAAAAGCGAGCCCACCUAAAAUUUAUUCGGAUCUUCAAUUUACCCGCCAAAGACACGAUUUUCAAACUGGGGCCACCAUUCUUCUUCCAAUCUUUUAAUAUUGUCACGAACCAAAAAAAAAAGGUUUUUUAAAGGGCUAUGCUUUUUUUUUCAUUACAUUUUUCUAUUGGAAUGUGUCACCAAAUUCUCUUGUAUAUUUUUAAUCCUAAAAUUGUUGAGGAAAUUGCAUCCCUACAUUGUUUUGAAUUACAGCUAUGCAAUUAUUAAGGAAUUUUUUUUAUUAUAAUUUGUAAACAUGAUUCUCCAAAUGUGUAGUUUUUACAAAAGGUAUAUCCACUCCCCAAAAUUUUAGUCAAGGUUACAGUAUUUUCCACAUUGAAAAAAAAUGGAUUUCCAAAUGGUCUUUCUACAGGAAAAAGUAAUUAAAAAAAAAACAUUUUGCAUUUUGAUUGGAUCUAAAUGGGGAAGGAAAAUAUGCAAUUUCAAAUAUUGUUUAAAUACCCCCCCAAAUAACUUUUUUUUUUCCUAAAGGGAAAACGACAUUGCAAUUUUGUGAUACAGCCUUACCCGAACAAAUUUAUAUUCAUGAUAAAUUGAAAAAUAAGUAGCGUAUUCGUCACGCGCGAGUGUAAAAUGAAUUUUAACUGCGGGGAGGGGGAACCACUCGUGUCUUUGCGGUGUUGUGCACAAACUCGACAAAAUCCUCUUAAACACAUUUAAAUGUAAAUUGAUGCACAAUCUGGGAAAGUGAAAAAUGUACAAUUGCAUUGAUUUAUAUUAUGGCGUGGCGUAAUCGACACAUUUGCUCUGACGCGUAAAGAAAACUAAGCAACACAAGAUUGAUGUUAAAGCCUCUUAUUCAUUUCAAACAUUUAUCAUCAUUCUUAUUACACAUUUAUGAUGCAAACAACAACACCAGCCUUGCUUUUGGAUUGCAGUCAGCACCUGCUGCUGGAAUGAAGACACACGCAAAAGAACUGAAUGUGUGCGUGUUAAUAUGGUCUCCCUCCGCCCGUCCCUCCCUCCCCCAAAAAAAGAAUUUUGGCAUCUCUCUAUCUCUGGUCAUAAUAAUCAUCAAAACUGUCGUCGUCAUAAUAAAGGGGUGGUUAUAGCUGAAAAAGAACAAGGCAUGCAUAAUAGUGUGUGGUAAUGCACAUGAAGGAUACAACAUCAAUGUACCAUAUUUGUUGUACAUUUCAUACAUUAUUAAUAUGGAGCCAUUAAGCUACUUUUUUCAUGUUACUAUCAAAAUAUGUAAAAAUAAAAAGCUAAUCGGGAUGUUUAAUUUUUAGCAAGUUUUUUUUUUUUUGAAGGGUGGGCAAGGCAAGGAAGGGUUGUUGGUCCUUUCGAUUUACUAAUGAGAUCAUAAAAAUAAUGAUUGAAUAGAAAUGCCACGGAUAGAAUGACGGGGGCGUCGUCGAAGCUCCCGAAUGGACGCCGGUGUAAACCCACCCCCACCCCCAAAAAAUGAAAAAGAC